GGCGACCGUUACUUUGGGCGGGAAGCGAGGGCCCCCAUGGAGGCCGCCUGGCUGCAGCGGCUCCUCGGGAGGCGGCUCAGGGUCACCCUGGCCUGCGGCUCCUACGCCGGCUUCCUGCGGCACGUAGACCCCGGCACUAAAGCCAUCGCCCUGGACCUCAUUGAAGAUUUGGAAAAUAACCGGAAGCUUCCUGGAGUCAAAAUGUUUUUUGGUCAUGAAAUCAAAAAUUUGGAGUUUCUUGAUGCCGUAUCCUGUGAAACAGUGAAUAAGCCGAGACACGCUGACAAGAACAACUUGGAAAAUGUAACGACAAAACCUCCAGAAGUACCUUUCGGGUGGCAGGAAUCCUCAGAAGAGGAGACAGAUUUGAUGUUUCUUGUCAUUGACCAGUUUCACCAAAAGUUUGGCCCUGCUAUCCUGCACAUUAAGCAGCAGAGUGUGAUUGGAGUUGCAGUGGAAGGUGUUGAUGUCUGUCGCUUUGGAAAGCUAUGUUGGUUGCAGAUCGCAACAAAGAGCCAAAUUUACCUGUUUGACAUCUCCCUCCUUGGAGCGGUGGCGUUUAAGAAUGGGCUUGCGAUGAUUCUGACAGACUCUAACAUACUGAAGGUGAUCCACGACUGCCGCCUGGUCUCUGACUGCUUAUAUCAUCAAUAUGGAGUGGACUUGACCAACGUCUUUGAUACCCAGGUGGCUGACGUUCUCCAGUUCUCACUGGAAACAGGAGGUCUUCUCCCCAGCUGUGUCAGCACGUUUGAAGAAAGUCUGGUUUGUCACCUCAGCCUCUUGCCACCAAAAGUCUCCUUUCUCCAGUACAGAGCACAAAUGGUCAAGGUUAACCCCAGGGUGUGGGCCAGCCGCCCACUCUCUCCCUGCUUGCUACGCAUUGCAGCUUUAGAAGUCAGAUAUCUGUUGCCGCUGCGUUCUAUUCUGAUGGAUAAGCUGAUGUUGGAUUUCACCACUCAGGUGGACAACUACUUGAACAUGUACAGAAACAUGCCCAGCUUCACCCUGGGCUGCCCUGAGAAUUUUUUUCUGGAGCUUCCAUACGAGCUGAAGGAGAUGCAGCUUAUUCGCAGGCUGAGGAGAGAGGAUGCUUGGAAAGAGUAUGCAAAGGAUGACAGUGGGCGUCUGGUGAGGCCCUAUCCUGGUCACGUGAAUGCACCCAAGUCAGAAGGAAGAGUAGUAGCAAUGGAUGAGAUGCCAAAGUGGAAGGCUGCUGAGCCACCGACAGGCGACUCAGGAGACCCUCAGAGGGAGAGGCUGCCAUUGCUCGAGCCGAGUGCUGAGCCACCUUGCCCUCCCUUGGAGGACGCUGGUCUGUCUGACUGAGGAAAUCUAUAUUUAAUGACGUUUGGCGAUUGAGAUGCAUCUUUUUUUCCCUGACAAAGCCCAGCCGUGCUGGCGAGGCAGUGGUCUUCCAUUAACCCACUUCCCACAUAUACCUUUUCAGAGUUGAGUUGUGACAUGAGAUUAGCGUUUGUCCGUUGUAUGAGGGGUCUCAUAUGCUAUCGUCUAUUCAGAUGUGGCAAUCUGACUUAAAAUAAUAAUGCUUGAAUUUGAUAAGUCAAAUGGGUCUCUUGUCGUGCUUUAAAUGGGGAGGUGCCGAUCAGAAACCAACCCUCCCUCAACCAGUGUCAGUCUGCCAGCUGAGCAACAACACUGAGGCCUUACAGCGAACUGUUCACUUGCUCUGCUGUGGAACAUAAAGUGACAGAAAGACCUAAGAGAAAAUGAAGCCCACUGAUGUCGAGGUUAACCGCUGAGGUUUGAUAAGUUAAAUGUGAUAUUUCAGUAACAAAUUUCCAAGCAAUAAACAUUCUCUGUGCACAAA